AUGAAGACAGAAAACCGAACCUUUAUCGUUUCCGGAGGGUCCUCCGGAUUAGGAGCAGCGACCGUGCAAGAUCUCCUCGCUCAACAGGCCUAUGUCUCCAUCUUGGACAGGUCUCCUCCCCCGGAAGAGUUCAACUCACCCCGGGUCAAAUUCUUCACCGUCGACAUUCGGGAAGUCGACCAAAUCGAAGAUGCAGUCGAGAAGACUGUCGCCUGGACAAAGGAGACCGGUGCUCCUCUCGGCGGAGUUAUCAAUUGUGCUGGUGUCGGGGUAGCCGCGAAGAUCAUCGACGCGAGGGGAGAACCCCACUCCCUAGACUUGUGGGACUUUGCAAUCGCCGUCAACCUCACGGGUUCCUUUAACCUGUCCCGAUUGGCUCUGAAACAUCUCGUCAAAGUCGAGCCCGAACAGGGUCCUGACGGCGAGCGAGGGGUUAUCAUCUUCGUCGCGUCUGCAGCCGCGUUCGAAGGUCAACCUGGUCAAACCGCUUAUUCGGCGACUAAAGGCGCCCUCAGAUCCAUGACUUUACCCAUGGCAAGAGAUCUGGCGCGACAUGGUAUCCGCGUCGUUACCAUUGCGCCGGGUGUCUUCGACAGCAGCAUGACAGCCCACUUCCCAGCCAAGACGAGGAGGAGUCUGGAAAACGAGGGCAUCAUCUAUCCCCGCCGGUUCGGCCAACCCUACGAAUUCUCUCGUACCGUCAGAUGGAUUCUGGACACACCAUACGUCAACGGAGAGACGAUCAGGCUCAGUGGGGCAGGGCGAUUACCCGGAAAGCUCUGAAUCGGUGUUUGGUGUUUCUUUUAUUCCACGCGUUGUACCGUGCCAUCUGCCGACCGUUCUAUACUCGAGAUUUCAUUUGG